UCUUUCCUAUAGUCUUCUUCCCCUCGUUACCAUUCACCAAUAGCUGCGCUUCACAUCUACAUUCUUUGAGGUUGCAGAUCUUUUGGUAUACCAUAUUGCUCGAAAAAUGUCAGGAGAGGUUGUUGCAGUUGCUGUUGCCGAGACUCCUGCUCCAGCACUUGGAGAGCCCAUGGACAUCAUGACUGCUUUGCAGCUGGUGCUGAGGAAGUCUAAGGCUCAUGGAGGCCUAGCUCGGGGACUUCAUGAAGGUGCAAAGGUGAUUGAGAAGCAUGCUGCACAACUUUGUGUGUUAGCAGAGGACUGUGAUCAGCCAGAUUAUGUCAAAUUGGUCAAAGCACUCUGUGCUGAUCACAAUGUCAGUUUGAUUACGGUGCCGAAUGCAAAAACUCUUGGCGAAUGGGCUGGUUUGUGUAAGAUUGAUUCUGAAGGGAAAGCGAGGAAGGUGGUUGGCUGCGGCUGUGUUGUUGUGAAGGAUUAUGGAGAAGAGACUGAGGGUCUGCAUAUUGUUCAGGAGUACGUGAAGUCCCAUUAAAUUGGUCGGGCAUAUAAAGAUCUCUUGUUAACAGGACCUUUGCUUAUGAAACCCUGUUCCCCUCCAAACCCCUUUCACCCUACCAAAACGAUAUCAGGAAUACACUAGUUGUGUACCUGCACUUGUUUUGAAGUUUUUAAGACUAGGUAGAAACUCUUCAGCUGUUGUAGUGUCCUCCCAGUUUAGUUUUGUUUUCUCAUCUGAAAAUAUAGCAGGUUGAUUAUCUAAUUCUACUAUGGCUAAUUUGCUAUGAAAAGUCAAACCUCUUGUAGGCUAA